UGUCUGCCAGUGGGCACGUGUGGCGCAUGACUGUGGCGUCCAUAAUAUGGCUGUGCGCGGCUCCACUAAAAUUUCAGAGUUCGCGCGACUUUUCCGUACGGCCGUCGCGACUUUCCAGCAGCUUCAGAAGACAUUAACACAAGUGUUACGUGCAUCAUGGCACCCCAAACAAAGACAGAUCGAUCUUUUGGCGCCUUGACGCCCGCCCUGUCAGAAUGGAUACUCGAGGCUGUGGAUUCCAUGGGCUUUGUGAAAACUACGCCUGUACAACAUGCUGCCAUCCCCAUGUUCAUGAAGAACUCUGAUGUUGUAGUCGAAGCCGUUACAGGAAGUGGAAAAACUCUAGCUUACCUGAUACCCAUUGUUGAGCGCCUGCUGCGGCUUGAUGCGCCCAUAAAGAAGCAUCACGUGGGUGCCAUUAUCAUCUCACCAACAAGGGAACUUGCAACACAAAUUCACACUGUACUAUCGUCACUUCUGAGAUUCCAUGCGCCCUCCGCAGCCCUACUGGAUCCCGAGGAUGAAGACACCGACAUGGAGGACGCCGAUGCUCCACCAAAGCCGACCUUCCCACCAGGAACCUUGAGGGUCGUACCCCAGCUACUCCUUGGAGGAUCAGUAACGCCAGCUCAGGAUCUUAGUAGAUUUCUCAAGUCAUCUACCAACGUACUUAUCGGUACACCGGGACGUCUACUGGAACUCCUCUCCUCGCCGCAUGUGCAUUGCUCACAGUCAUCCUUCGAUGCUCUCGUACUGGAUGAAGCCGACCGUCUUCUGGAUCUUGGCUUCAAGGACGACCUACAGAAGAUUCUCUCCCGACUACCAAAGCAACGCCGGACCGGUCUCUUCAGUGCUAGUGUUUCCGAGGCUGUCGACCAGUUGAUUCGUGUUGGUCUCCGAAAUCCUGUCCGUAUUGCAGUCAAAGUCAAGGCGCGAGCUGCACCCAAUAGUGCGACAGGAGAGAUGGGCGCCAUUGAAGACAAGAAAACACCAGCAAGUUUACAAAUGUCCUACCUUACCGUACCCGCUUCGCACAAGCUACCUGCAAUUAAGAAAGUGCUCUCGUCCUUAGAACCACAGCCGCAAAAGUCCAUCAUGUACCUGGCGACAUGCUUUUCGGUGGACUACUUCCAACACAUCUUACCCGAAGUCCUCAAAGGGUACACCAUCGUGCCUCUGCAUGGCAAACUGCCGGACAAAGUCAGAAAUCGCAACUUCAUCAAAUUCGUCGAGAGCGUCACACCGUCUAUCCUUCUCACCACAGAUGUCGCUGCACGUGGUCUCGAUAUCCCCUCGGUGGAUCUUGUUCUUCAACUAGAUGCCCCAAGCGAUCCCAAGACUUUUAUCCAUCGUUGCGGACGCGCAGGCCGAGCGGGCCGCAAGGGUUUAGCCAUUACAUUCCUCAGCCCAGGACGAGAAGAAGACUACAUUGAGUUCCUCCGAGUUCGGCAGACCCCUGUAUCGCCUUUUACUACACCUGAUGUUACAGUAACCGCGGAAGAAGCAGCAGCCAUGAGCAACCGGAUACGGAAGGUAGUCAAGUCCGACCGAGCACUAUUUGACAAAGCACAGCGGGGAUUCGUUUCAUGGGUCCGUGCCUAUAGCAAGCAUACCGCGAGUUCCAUCUUCCGUAUUCCAGAUCUCGAUUGGACAGAGCAUGGUAAUGCCUGGGGUCUGCUCAAGCUACCCAGCAUGCCGGAACUGAAAAAGUGGGAAGGAGACCGAAGUCUGGGGGUGGAGAUGGAUUUCAGCACCUAUGCAUACAAGGACAAAGUGCGGGAACAACAACGACAGACCGAGCAGAGUGAAUACGAGGCAAAUAAGGCUGAGGGCAAGAAGCGAUAUGUCACAGAAGACAAGAAGGCCUCGGCAUGGACGCAGCAGAAGGACCAGAAGGCGCUCAAGGAACUACGAAGAGAGAAGAAGGCAGCAAAGCGCGAGCAUGAUCGUGUGGCGGCGUUGACGGAAGACGAAAGGAAGGAGGAGCAAAGAGUGAAGGGUAUGAUUGAGCAGGUACGGAAGAAGGUAGCAGCGAAAGAAGCACAAGAGGCGGAAGAUGUGUUCGAAGGGUUUAGCGAUUGAUUAGGGUAUAUACCUGGAGUUUAAGGAACCUAAUGUGACGGUUUUCUGGGUAUUCAGGCGCCUGGCUCUUAUACUAUUGCAAGAAUUAUCCAGCCGGACUACUGAGUAGUCGACAGACAUCACUUUGCAAGCUCUAUCUACUCAUCCUCUGAGAGGUUGAAAUGGACCAGUGAUCAUGACCAUUUGAAGCUCGGAUCUUGCGACUUUCUUUCUAAACCCUACCCAGCCGCUGAGUAAGGUCGUCCACAUUAUGUCACGCCUUCUCCUUUCUCGUGCCUUCUGGUCUUCGGCUCAUGCUCCAGGUCUCUUUCCGUUCCCUCUCUUUCACCUUGUUUUCUUCAGCUAGGUAGUCUUUGGCUUUUGGACUUCCCGCCUUCUCGUAGAGCGUACUAAUGACAUGAACAAUAUCUUC